CUCCCUCUCUGUCUUCUCUCCCGCUCGCUCUUGGAGUGGCGUUCUGGUGUCGGCGGCGGCAGCGGCGGCGGCAGUGUUGGUGGGAUGCUGUGCAUGUACUGGGGGUUUCUCUAAACUGUAAGAGGGGAGCUGCGUUAGCAUAUAGAAGGGGGGUUUUCUCCAUCUCCCCGGCGAGAGGCUCAGGCGGCAGGAUUUUUAUCUCUCAGUCUUCGGGAUGAAGCUCUGCGUGAGCGGAAGGGUCAACACAGGUAGAGCACUCAGUAACUGUGCAGGCCGCACUUAGCUGGUCUCCUUUGGGAAACUAACACACACGACAGCUCCCUGUGGUCAACCCCUAUAAACACAUGAGAGGGAAGGAACACAGACAAACCAUGAAAAAGAUAUACAUUGGCAAAACCGCCUUAAAAGUCCCCCGAAAUGGCGGCAAACAUCCGAAAAAGAGCUCAAUGCUGGAGCAGAAGGAGGACUUAAGGAAGCGGCUCUCCUACACGACACACAAGCUGGAGCUGCUGCAGGGCGAGUUCGACUCCACGCGGCAGUACCUGGAGACGGAGCUCCGGCGAGCCCAGGAGGAGCUGGACAAGUUCACUGAUAAACUGCGCAGAAUACAAAGCAGCUACUCAGCACUGCAGAGGAUCAACCAAGACCUGGAGGAAAAGAUCCACAGAGAUUCUCAGCAUCACGACGAUGAGAAGCGAGCGCUCAGCAGAGAGAUCAUCGUCCUCAACAACCACCUGAUGGAGGCCAAACUCACCAUCGAGAAGCUGCAGGAAGACAAUGACAUGUACAGGAAGGACUGUAACCUGGCCGCUCAGCUUCUGCAGUGCAACAAAUCUCUGUACAGGGCGCAGCUCUCCGAGCUGCCGGCUGAUUUUCAGGAGCGGCUCACCAUGCACAUGGAGGAGUCUCCUCUCUGCCGCACCUACUCUGACUCCGUGGCGGCAUCUCUGAUCGGCAAGGUGCUCGAGAAGCCGGACGAGGCCUGCAGCAGCAGCCAGGCUUCGCGUUCCCCCAGCCCCCAGACUCAGGAACACACUUUUAUUUUGGAGAGUUUGGGACCCGGAGAGCGGCUCAGGCUCCGCGCAGCCUACAAGUCCGACCUGUACAGCAGCGACACAGCCCUGUACUGCCCUGAGGACCGGCACCGCGAGAGGAGGCCCAGCAUGGACGUUCACGGUGAGAGGAAGCUGCUCUACGGGCCCCAGAUCUCCACCGACAGCACCCCGGAGGAGGGGUCAGUGGGUUUGAGGGCUGGUUUCUCCCAGGAUCACUUCUCUAAGUUCCCCGCCACGCUGGGUGCUGGCUCCAGCUCCUACUCCAGCUUCAGCGGCGGGGGCUCUGAAGACAAAGGCAACGGGCCGCCCAGCAGCGCAGCGUCCUCCCCACAUCACCACUCCCUCUACAUGGAGUGGAGGGAUGCAGGGGACUAUGAGAGAAAGAGUGACUCUUCCUGGGAGGGGGACAGUCCAAGAGGAUUCCCCAGCACUCACCCCUUCCAGCAGACGGAGCUGAGCCACCACCAGAACGGCAGUUCGCCCGUCUACAGCCGCACCAUGUCCUCCUGCUUCAGCGAGCCCUACGAGCCGCUGCCGCCCUCUUCAUCCCCGAGUGUCGCCUACGGAGACAGUCGGCGUGGCAGCACAUUGGCUCCCGAGGAGGAGGAGCUGAUUGGGCGAUGGAGACAGCUGAGCGUGGAGGACCUGAGUGCCCACAGCUACCGCAGCCCAGGCCGGGCUUCACCCUACAGCUUCUCAGAGCAACACUUCUCCGUCAGGCCGUCUAAGAUCCGCCUCGGCCCGCUCUACAGCAGCUUCCAGGAGGGGGCUGACUUUUACCAUCAAGAGGGCAUGGACCCAGUGUGGGUCGCCGCAAGCCCCAGCCCCGAGUGCAGCCCGGGGCCGAGCCAAGCCCAUCUGUACCGAGCCGAGGACAGCCAGGGGUCGGAGCACAGCCUCUACCACUCAGGGAGCUCCAAGGACAGGGAGGGUAACGUGGCAGCGGGCGGCCAGAGCGCAGACUAUGUGGACCCGAGCCCAAACAGCUCCACCGAGUCCCUGAACCAGAGGACCCUGGAGUUGGCCGCAGAGCUGCAGCACUACCAGGUGGAGAUGCACAGCCUGCCUGCACCGGGGAGCGGGUCACCACCGGCGGUCCCACCUCCUCCGCCUCCCUAUAACCAAAAAUUUGGCUCCCUAGGACUUUCCAGGAAGGACAGUUUGACCAAGGCGCAGCUCUAUGGGACACUUCUGAACUGAAGGACUGAACAGGUUUAUUCUUUGAUCGGAUGAUGCCCUGGUGUGUCCCGCUACACCUUCUGUUAGCACCACCAUUGGUUUGAUAGCAGCCAGGGGGAUAACCCAGCCUCAUGAACAUGAAGCUGAUUAUUGAAACGCUUUGAACGUACGGCAGUGAGUGGCAUCCGUUUACACCACAAGAAAGUCCUCAAGAGUCAAGAGGACCUCAAGCUGAAAGGCCCCUUCUAAUUUAUAAGAAUGUGUAUGUAUUCAAAUUACAAAUGUAUAAAUAUAAAGUAAUAUUUAGAAAUUCAGUGAUAUAUUUUGUAUGUAGCUGUUGGCAAGAAAUACAUUUAAAACAAUCAAACAACAAUGCAAAUCUUAAGUAAACCUGGAACCUGUAAAUACAUUAGAAAACUGCCAAU